GUGGCACAAUUUCCCAAGUUCUUUUUUUUUUUUUUUUGGGUUCGCCCGGUCACUCACACAUAUCACUUCCAUUUCCCUAACUUCGUCAUAACGAACGCCGUCCCUUUCUGCCGCGAAAUCCAAAGCUCCAACUCCGUCAUAUCCACACCGUUUAAAACGCUUUUAGCUUUUUUUUUUUUUUUUUUUUGGCCUUUCGCUCGUCGCUUCGACGAAGACUAUGAUGAAGAGUUUUACAGCUCUCUGAAAGAACAAGCCCUAAGGCAAGUUAUACGAUCUUUCGGGCAUUUCGUUUGAGGUUCACUGUGCUAUUUUGCAAUGGAAAUGGUGAAUCUUUGUUAUAGCCUAUAGAUAUGGAAUUUUGAAGAGAUGCGAUGCUUUCAGUUGUUCUACCUUUCAAAGAAAAUUGUCGAUCUUCUUGCUGUUGUUUUAGUGUUCUUGAGGGUGUAGUACUGUGGUGCUCUAUGAGAAAAUGAUAUGAGGAGAAUCUAGUGUCAGAUUUUGUUUCUUUUGCAUUUUCUUGUGGUGUGGAAGCUAUUACAAUAGACCUCCAGUAUCUGAGUUGUCAUGGGGUCAGCUUGUUGUGUGGCUGCGAGGGAAAGAACACACCCCAAUAGAACUGGAGGUGAAACUGUACAUAGAAAUGUCAUAUAUUCACCAUCAUGGAGCUUCCGGUGGGAUAAUCGAGGUCGUGUUGCUGGUGAAACUGAUACUCCUUUGUAUCAAGUUUCUCAUGGAAUCAGCAGGAAUGCUAGCAUGGAGUUAAAAGGGCCAUUAGGUUCUGAAAGGGGUAAUUUUUCAGAUGCAGGUAGCCCAAUGGAGAAUUUUGAAUCACCCACCUCCCAAAAGUCUCCAGUUCAUGGACGAAUGGUUACACGUUUAAUGACUUCAUCUUCAGCAGAUCUAUCCAUGGCAAGCAAUUAUUCUUCAGAGGUGAAGAAUUUGGUAGAAUCGCCUGGAGUUGCUGAUUCAUCUGCACCAAAUCUUUCAUUUUCCAUACCUUCAGCUUUUUCAACACCAACUGCAGAUCCUAUGACCACACAUUGUUAUCCACUGUUUCCCAACUCAACCCCAUCAAGACGUGCCCGUCGUUCACCAGGACACCAGCUAUUAAGACAAGUUUCUGAUAGUCGAAUCCUGGGAUUGAAAGCACCAAAUAACAACUCAAUUUCUGAAGGAAGACCGUCUUUCGUACUCUCUACUUGCAGCAAUGACUUGGCAACUGGAUCCCAAGUUGGGUCCUCUGAUGGCUGGUCUAUGCGCACCUUUUCUGAGCUUGUGGCCUCUUCUCAAAGAGAAAGGUGGUCUUUUGAUAGUGAGCACCUGGGCUCUAUUCAUGGCAAGAUAAGUGAAUCUAGCAGCAGGUUUUCAUGUUCCCCUUCCAUAGAUUUGCAGUCUUGCGUAGCCUGCUCUAAGCUCCUAACUGAGAGAUCUUCAUGGAGCAGCCAGAAAAUUAUUGCUGGCCCAGACCUCUCUGUGGUUGCUGUGUUGAUCUGUGGACAUGUUUAUCAUGCUGAGUGUUUGGAAACAAUGACCCCAGAGGCCGACAAGUAUGACCCGGCUUGCCCAAUUUGUCUGGUUGGAGAGAAGCAAUUCAUAAAGAUGUCACGAAAAGCUAUGAUGAGAGCAGAAUUGGAUUCAAAGGCAAAAAAUCAUAGGAUAUCCAGAAAUAGAGUUGUGGAUAGUUUUGACAGUGAUUUUGAUGUUUUUGAUCACCAAGGUAGCAUUGACAGAAAAGGAAAAUGUCUAAAGAUGGAACCCAGUUCCAGCUCGAGAGGCUCCUUUGCAAAGCCUUUCUUGAAACGACACUUCUCCCUUGGUUCCAAGUGGAGUAGGUCCCUGUCAGAAAAUGAUUCAACCAGGAAGAAAGGCUUUUGGGCUAGAUAUCGCAAGGACUGAGUUCCGUAGCUCUGGUAAUAUAGGCCAACAAUGGUAUCAUUAGAGGUGUUAUACCGGUAUUAGGAAUUUUUUUUCCUUUUUAAUUUGUAGUCUAGCUUAGCUAAUAAAAUUUAGUUCCAUUUUAAAUUCCUUUUUGAGGGUUUUUCUGGUGACUGAUUCUAUGAGGUGGAGGCUAAAUGUAAAAAGAAGGCCCUUAUAUAGUUGCCAAGAAUGGGCAGAAAGAGAGGGAUGCAAUGGAUGAGGUUGUUACGAUGUAUGUGUUGUCAAAUUUAGUGAAAGGCUCUGCAUAUAAAUGCAAAUUGAAGUUAAAAGAUGAUGCACUGAAAGUCUAGACAAUAGAAACGAAAACUUUGCCAAUAAGCUCAUUCUAUUGUAGGUUUGAAAAGAGGCGAGGAUAAUAUUCAAUUAUUUGUCUAUUUGUAUGUAUAUAUAUGUGAAGGAUUAAUACGGUCUGGCAUUUCAAUGUUAGUAAAUGUCGAUUUUAAGGCUUU